AACCGCAAUUCUAGUUCUGAUUUGUCAACUGUACCGAACGGAUCGAUUUUAUUUAUUUCGAAACGUAUAAAUGUUACGCAUAUUUUCUGUUAUAUGUCCACAAACGGCCGGAAGUUUUGUGAUUUGAUUUAUUUCUAUUUGAGAUUGCGUUGACGCUUGUACAUUUUAUUGUUCGUGAAUUGUACACUGAAUUGUAACUUAUAUGUUUCGGAUUUUUGUUUUGUUUGAUUGAAUUUUUGGUUCUGGUUUUUGGGCAAUGGAAAACAUAUCAUUUUUUUCAUUCGCGUGUACACAUAUCCGGAAGUUAUCUGUCGGAACAAUGAACAUUUCAGUUGAAGAGUUAAUAAUUUUCUGCGGCUUUAACAAUAAUUAGCCUGGAUUAAUUUUUGUUUUUGUAUAUUUCAUUGGAUACACUCAAGCACUGUGACAUCAAUUUGUGGAUAUAAAUCAUGUUUUUAAUAAUUUAAUUAAUGUGACUAUGCAAAACAAAUGGUUACUUGUUUUUCGAAUGGAUUGUGUUUAACAUGUACUGUGGAUAUGUGAAUGUUCAUUUAUGAAAAUAUAUUGCAACGAAGCCUUCAACAUUUAGGUACAAAUCAUAAAUCCUAACAUCAUUAGUGUCUUGUCACUUGACGAUUGUGUUCACAACUUAAUUCCAUUCAAAACGUAGACGAUAAUUUUUCAAAUCUAAACGGACAUCAACUAGUUUCGAUUAUCUUCUGCUAUGCUUUUUUUUGGUGAAAUAAAGAAAAAAAUAAAUUGACAAUAAAUACGCCAUUAUAUUUGAAUAUUCAUAAGUUCAGUAAAAAAUUCAAAGAAAACCCCGUUGAGAGACGAAACGUUUGAGAAGAGUCAUGACUUACCUCAUCCUCCACUGUUGAACAAUAUACAACUUUGUUUCCGAAUGAAUAACUAAACGUAGCUAAUUAGAAGAAAGUUUUUAGUUUUUUCGACUGAAAUUGUUGUUUACCUUUUGAGUGUUAUUAAAGUGAACUCUGUAGAACUAACUUGAAUGCACGCGCAAGUGUAGUGUUAUUAUAAAUAUUAAAUCAAAGUGGAAUCCACUUAGUGGAUAAUAUUCUCUUCCACCUUAAUUAAAUAUAAAAAUUUCAACGAUGAUUUCUUUGAUAAGUUCAUGAGUGGAAAUACAUGAAAACAUAUUUGUGACGAUGAUUAAUUACCUUACCAGCGUUUGAUAAAAUUUAAUUAAAUAUGAAGACUAUUCACGAAAUAUUGAUAUUUACUGGAACAUCAACAAAAGAUUUCGUUCCGAUAAAAUGUUGAAUUCUGUCUGUGCUAUAAUGUGAAAAUGAACAGAGGUGUUUUGAAGAGAAAAUGACUUAGCAAACAGGGAAAAUGACCUGUUCAAUGAGAAACAUAUCGUUUCUUUUAUGUAUAUUAUGUGCAUGGAAAAUUAGUGUAGUGUGCAGUUUUGCAUCGGUCAUUUUAUGCUCCAGAAUUCCUGGCUUAACUCCAUCCCAACGACAACUUUGCGCUGAAUCACCCGAUGCACUUGUAGCAUUAGGCGCUGGUCAUAUCCUAGGCUCACAGGAGUGUCAAUUUCAAUUUAAAGGUCAUCGAUGGAAUUGCACACAAGUUUGGAGAAAGGAUAUUUUUGGUCAUGUUGUUAUUGUAGGCUCACGUGAAGCAGCUUUCACAUACGCAAUAUCAAGCGCAGGUGCUGUACACGCGAUCACAGCAUCUUGUGCACGUGGAAAUAUCUCAUUAUGUGGUUGUGAUUCAAUGCAAAAAAUGGCAUAUCACGAACAGAAUCAAGCGUGGAAAUGGGGUGGAUGUUCAGCUGAUAUAAAUUUUGGCAUGAAAUUUGCCAGGAAAUUUCUAGAUGCACGUGAAAUUGAAGGUGAUGCUAGAAGUUUAAUGAACUUGCACAAUAAUCGUGCUGGAAGAAAGAUUGUUAAAAACCUUCUAAGAACUGAUUGCAAAUGCCAUGGUGUGUCUGGAUCGUGUGCUAUGAAAACUUGCUGGAAAAGUUUACCGCCAUUUCGGGCUAUCGGUGACGUCCUGAUGAAAAAAUACAACCGAGCACGAUAUGUACAACCCAUAAAUGAUAAAAACGGACUGAGUUUAAUUAUAAGAAAGAAAAGUAGAUCGCUCGCCAAGCCGAAAAAACCACAAAAACCGAAACGAAUGGAAAUCGUUUACUUGCAGCCAUCACCGAAUUACUGCGAAAAAGACCACAGUCUGGGCAGUUUAGGGACGGACGGACGAUACUGUAAUCGAACGGUGAAUGGUGUCAACGGAUGUGACCUGUUGUGUUGUGGUCGAGGUUACAACACCCAUCAACUGAAUCGAACGUGGCAGUGUCGAUGUAAUUUUCAAUGGUGUUGUAAUGUACAGUGUGAUGUGUGUAGUUCAAGAAUCGAGGAGUACACUUGCAAAUAAGUGGACUUGUAAUUUACAAUUUAUGACGGUGAUAAAACGUGAAUGACUACGAUAAAACGGAUUGUUGUUCGAUGAGCGUGUUGUCGAAAGUGACUCCAAAUGCAAGUGGAGCUGUAGUAAAGUUCAAUGAAAAUGGGAAAAAUGCAGGGGCAUUUUGUGUGUUAUGUGUACAGUAUUAUUUUGCGAAUUUUUAUUUUUAGAGAAGGCUUUAAAACGAGUGUGGAGUGAAGCACUCUUGUGUACAAUAAGUGAAUAAAAAAUAGUUUUAUA